UGAAGCAGCACACGUUGCUUUGAGGCGAGUUAAUUAGCUCCAGUAAGUGGAAGGAAUGCAUUUGCAUCAAGCAGAGCGCUCUCCACUUUAAAAAGCGACGUCCCGGUGCAUUCUGCCAGUGUUAAUUCUGGCUGAGCAGCAGCAUUGUCGUUUUAAACUGCCCAAGGGCGUAAGAACUUCGCGCAGCGAUUGCUUGUUCCCACAGCUGAGGCGUUUACUUGUGUGAGCAGAGUUGGGCUCCGGACCAGGCUCAGGCUGGGCAACGCUGAGCCAUUCGGUUUCCGAGGUACUGGGACCUGUCAACCGCUGGAACUGGAGUCGGACUUCAGUGGCACUCUCUCCAAUCUCCCGGGCGGACGGAAAACUUUGUGACAGCAUCGCCGGGCAGCAAGGAAGCCGGUGUACGGGAUGGCCCCUUGUGAAAACUCCAGCACCGUGCACGAAGAUGGCAAUGUAGUGAGUAGCACCCUGCUGUUCACCGCAGGGCUGAUCGGCAACAUCAUCGCGCUGGUGAUUCUCUGGAAGCACAAGAGGGAGAACAGGGGGCAGGUGUCCGUCUUCUACAUUCUGGUCACUGGGCUGGUGGUGACCGAUCUGCUGGGGAAGUGCCUGAUCAGCCCAGUGGUGUUCGUGUCCUACGCCACCAACCGCACCUUGAAAGCCCUGGCAGACCACAACAGCCUGUGCGACUACUUCUCUUUCACCAUGUCCUUCUUCGGCAUAGCCUCAAUGUUCUUCUUGUUUACCAUGGCUGUGGAGUGCUGGCUAUCGAUUAGCCACCCUUUCUUUUAUCAGAGGCACUUCACCAAGCGCCGGGUGGUCAUUAUCUUCCCCGCCGUGUACUUAUGCAGCCUGUUCAUUUGUUCGAUGCCCUUCAUGGGACUGGGCAGCACCAAGCAGUACUGCCCGGGGACCUGGUGUUUCUUUAACAUGGCCAACGACGAGAAGAAGUCUGCGUCCUUCUCGGUGCUUUACGCGACUCUCAUGGCGAUCCUCAUCGCCGCCGUGCUAGUUUGCAAUAGUUCCGUGGCCAUAAACUUGACCAAAAUGUACCGGAGGCAGAGGCAAAGGAGCAACUCGAACCUGAGUGGCAGCCGUAUGAGGCGCUUCGUACACUACGAGGAGCUGGACAACCUCGUCCUGUUGAUUCUCAUGAACGUCAUCUUCCUCAUCUGUUCUCUGCCACUCACGAUUCGUGCAUAUAUUGGUGCCUUUGCUCCUGACAACAAAGAUGAAGAAGAUUUGAUUGCCCUAAAGUUUGCUUCGGUGAAUUCGAUUGUUGAUCCAUGGGUUUUCAUAAUUUUCAGGACAUCUGUUUUUCGGAAACUAUUUAUGGUGUGUUUCCAAGGUUCUUCCACAAGUGUGAACUUAGAGUCAGUGUCUGCCGUUGAAAAUUAAUACUUGAUAGAUUAAAUAUUUUACUGCCUUGCCAUUUCUUUGAUUUCUCA